AACAUAUUUUUAGAUAGAUAGUGUCACAUGGCAUGUGAGUACCAGCUGUUUCCUCCACUCCAUCCCAAGUCUUCUUAAUUCUCCCUCUUAAUAUAAACUCUUCUCUUCUACCUUAAUCUAAUCUUUUACUGAUUUCUUCCUUCUCACUCCUGUUUCUUCAUCUCUUUUCUUUCUUCAUUCUUCAAACUUUAAGCUUUCUCACUAAUGGCUGAUUCUGAGACGUUACUUCAGUAAAACCCAUUCAUAAAACCACAAAUUUAGCUUAAUGAAACUUUGCCCACAAAAAAUGAAGCUACUUUGCACUAUAUUAUUGCUAUUUUCUCUUUACCCACCUCUGUUUUCUUCUGUUUUUGCUGCUUCUCCUCCUCCUGAUGGAAAAACCAGAGAUGCCCAGAAAUUGUUGAGCUUCAAAUCUUCACUUUUGAACCCAAAUAUCCUCCAAAACUGGCAAGAAAACUCUGACCCAUGUCAUUUUAAUGGUGUUUUCUGUAACAACUCUAGAGUUUCUUCUUUGGAUCUUAACUCUCUAUCUCUUUCAACUGAUAUUUCUUCUGUGUCAACACAUCUUUUUUCUAUUGAACACUUAACUUCUCUUUCCAUGGCUUCUUCAAAUAUUUCUGGUUCUCUUAAACCUUUCUCUCUUUGCUCUUCUUCACUAUCAGAAAUUGACCUAUCUCAAAACUCCAUUUCUGGGUCUUUCCUUGAUUUAUCAAAGUUUUCUUCUUGUUCUUCAUUAUCAAGCCUGAAUAUUUCCUUCAAUUUAUUGGAUUCUUCCAAGAAUUUGAAAGGUGCUCAUUUUGGGCUUUCUCUCAAAACAUUGGAUGUUUCUAUGAAUCGUUUAUCUGGGCAACAAGUUCUUCCAUGGGUGUUUUCUCAAGGUUGUGAAAAGCUAACCCACUUAGCUUUAAAGGGUAAUAAGUUGCAAGGAAGCUUUUCUCUUGAUGGGUGUUCAAAUUUGGAGUUUUUGGAUCUUUCUUCCAAUAAUAUCUCAAUUCCCAUGCCUAAUUUUGGGGAAAAUUGUCCAAAUUUGAAGUAUCUUGACAUAUCUUCUAACAAAUUUGUUGGAAAGAUUGAAGAAAAUGCACUUGUUGGGUGUAAAAGCUUGAACUUCUUGAAUGCAUCUGAUAAUGAAUUAAGUGGUGGAUUUCCUGCACUGCCUUCUCUAAAUAUGCAUUAUCUUUACUUGGGUAGUAACAAGUUACAAGGUGUGAUUCCCAAGAGUUUUGCUGAUGAUUUUUGCUCAAAUUUGGUGAAUUUGGAUCUUUCCUUCAACAAUUUAUCUGGUAUGAUCCCCACUGGCUUUGAAUCUUGCUCAUUGUUAGAAAUUUUUGAUGUUUCUAACAACAAUUUCUCUGGGGAAUUGCCUGUUGAUGUAUUUUUGAAAAUGGGAAACUUGAAGGAGUUACACUUGGCUUUUAACAACUUUGAAGGUUCUUUGCCUGAUUCUUUCUCUAUGCUUAGUAAUUUAGAGUCCUUAGAUUUGAGCUCUAAUAUGAUUUCUGGUAAAAUCCCACCUGGAAUUUGUCAAAACCCUGAUGGAAAUCCUAGCAAAUUGAAAGAACUUGACCUUCAAAACAAUCAAUUAACUGGCCCUAUACCACCCACUUUAAGUAAUUGCUCUGACCUUGUUUCUCUUGAUCUUAGCUUUAAUUACUUAAGUGGGACUAUCCCAACUAGUUUAGGCUCUCUUACUAAGCUUAAAGACUUGAUUAUAUGGAUGAACAAACUUCAGGGUGAAAUCCCUUCUGAGCUUAUGUAUACUAAAGCAAUAGAAAACUUGAUUUUAGACUACAAUGAGUUGACUGGUACUAUCCCUUCUGGUUUGAUGAACUGCACAAAUUUGAACUGGAUUUCGUUGUCGAGCAACAAAUUGAGUGGAGUUAUACCAUCUUGGAUUGGUAAAUUGAGUAAUCUUGCCAUUCUCAAGCUCUCGAACAACUCGUUUUAUGGUGAAAUCCCACCUGAGUUGGGUGAUUGUAAGAGCUUGUUAUGGUUAGAUUUGAAUAGCAAUAUGUUGAAUGGGAGUAUUCCUAAGGAGUUGGCGAAUCAGUCGGGGAAAAUGGCGGUUGGUCUUGUUGUCGGGAAGAAGUUUGUGUAUUUGAGAAAUUUUGGAGGAAAGGGUUGUCAAGGAACUGGGAAUUUGCUCGAAUAUGCUGGGAUUAGGCCGGAUGCGAUUAAUCGACUCCCGACUGUUUGCAAGUUCCAGCAAAUUUAUCAGGGUCAUACUCAGCCUAUUUUUAACUACAAUGGGUCUAUGAUUUUCCUUGAUUUGUCUUAUAACCAGCUCCAAGGUGGUAUCCCUAAGGAGCUCGGUACAAUGUACUAUCUGUCGAUUUUGAAUUUGGGUCAUAACAAUCUUUCGGGUUCAAUCCCAGAUGAACUUUCGGGGAUGAAAAACAUUGGUGUUAUGGAUCUCUCACACAACCAUCUCUCGGGUUUAAUCCCGUCAUCUUUGGGAAGUCUUUCUUUGUUGACGGAUAUGGAUUUGUCGAACAAUGAGCUCUCGGGCAUGAUUCCUGAAUCAGCGCAGUUUGAGACCUUCCCAGCUUCUCGAUUCUUCAACAACCCUGGUCUCUGUGGUUACCCUCUGCCUCGUUGUGAUAAAAAUGCUGGUGCGAAUUCAACUCAACAUCAUAAGCGAGGGAAGCAGGCUUCUCUUGCGGGGAGUGUGGCGAUGGGGUUGUUGUUCGCUCUUUUCUGCAUAUUCGGGUUGAUCAUUGUCGGGCUUGAGAUGAAGAAGAGGAGGAAAAAGAAGGAAGCUUUACAGGAUAUUUACAUGGAUGGCAACUCACAAUCAGGCAACAAUAACGCCUCUGCUUGGAAAUACACAAGUAAUCGUGAGGCAUUGAGCAUCAACCUUGCUGCAUUCGAGAAGCCCCUUCGAAAGCUUACUUUUGCCGAUCUUCUAGAAGCCACCAAUGGAUUCCAUGAUGACAGUAUGAUUGGCAAAGGCGGGUUUGGUGAUGUGUACAAAGCUCAGCUCAAGGAUGGGAGUGUGGUUGCGAUCAAGAAGCUGAUACAUUCAAGCGGGCAAGGCGAUAGAGAAUUCACGACUGAGAUGGAAACCAUUGGGAAAAUCAAGCAUCGCAACCUUGUGCCACUCUUAGGAUAUUGCAAGGUCGGAGAAGAGCGGUUGUUGGUCUACGAGUACAUGAAAUAUGGAUCCCUUGAAGAUGUCCUACACGACCAAAAGAAGGGAAAAAUUAAGCUAAAUUGGGCUGCCCGGAGAAAGAUUGCCAUUGGAGCAGCUCGAGGCUUAGCUUUCCUUCAUCAUAAUUGCAUCCCUCAUAUCAUUCAUCGGGACAUGAAAUCUAGUAAUGUUCUAAUAGACGAGAAUUUAGAAGCGAGGGUGUCUGAUUUUGGGAUGGCUAGACUUAUGAGUGCGAUGGAUACUCAUUUGAGUGUGAGCACAUUGGCCGGAACCCCAGGAUAUGUUCCACCCGAGUACUACCAAAGCUUUAGAUGUUCUACGAAGGGAGAUGUAUAUAGCUAUGGUGUCGUAUUGCUCGAGUUGCUGACGGGAAAACCACCAACAGAUUCAGCAGAUUUUGGCGACAAUAAUCUUGUGGGUUGGGUGAAAAUGCAUGCGAAAUUAAAAAUAAUCGAUGUAUUUGAUCCCGAGUUAAUAAAGGAGGAUCCGAAUUUGGAAAUCGAGCUUUUACAGCAUCUGAAAGUCGCAUGUGCGUGCCUUGAUGAUCGACCAUGGAAACGACCAACAAUGAUUCAAGUAAUGGCGUUGUUUAAGGAAAUACAAGCGGGUUCAGGGCUCGACUCAUCAUCGACCAUUACCGAAGAUGAUGGAAGUUUUAGUACAAUGGGAGCGAGUUUCAGCACCACAGUCGAUAUUCUCGACAUGAGCAUAAAAGAAGUUCCAGAAGGAAACUACAAGCUAUAGAAGAAGACAGUGGUGUCAAAGCUCCCAAAAUUUUCCUAUACCAACUUAAAAAUGGUUGGUAUAAACAAAAAUUUUCAUUACAAUAUCAUGUAACAAAUUAAUGUAUGUAUCAAAAAAGAACUUUUUUUUUUUUUUUUUACAUUUUUAUACAUAGGUGGUUUUGUUAACUUUUUAUUUUUUAUUUUUUAUUUUUUUUAUUUUGGGGGUCAGUUUGUAGUGUGUAAAUAUUGUACUAGAAAUGUAGGACUCGUUUGAAUUUUAAUCUAUUUUCCCCUUUGCUUAAUGCAUAGGCAAAUGAACAUUCAGGCUGUUUACUA